CAUACACUCAGGGGCAGAUCUAGAGAGCACCCACUUUUUACCACUACCGGACCCUGUCCAGGACUGAGUGCUCAGACACCAUGCUGUCAGGCCAGCAUCUGAAGUGGGUGGUGGGCUUCCUGACCCUGAUGGUGUUGGGUCUGCUUGUGGCCGUGAUCAUCUUUGCCAUCAAGGCCAACAGCAAAGCCUGCAGGGAUGGCCUCCUAGCAGAGCAGGAGUGUAACAAUGUCACCAGCGUCCUGGAGGUCCAGCUAACCCAAACCCAGGAAGUCUUACAGAGGACCCAGGCCCAGGCUGCCACCUACAAUGAGACUGUGGUUACCCUGUUGGCUUCCCUGGAGAGGAAGAAGGCCCAGAGUCAGGAGCUGCUGGCGAAAGAGGAGGAGCUUCGGGGAGAGAUUGCGGAGUUGAAGCGGAAGCUGCAGAACGCUUUGCUCGAGGUGGAGCGACUGAGAAAAGGGAAUGAGGCCUCAGGCAAGGAAAACGAAACCGCAUCUGCCAGCUCCUCCCCGAAGGCACUCAGCCCCUUGCUGGUCCCCUUGCACCUGCUGCUGGUGGUCGGUGUUCUGCUGGCCUGAGGUCCCUGCCGGAAAGAAUGCAUGAUCUAUAAAUGUACAAAGAAAGGCGGGCGCCUGGGUGGCUCCAUCGGUUGAACGUCUGACUUUGGCUCAGGUCAUGAUCUCGCGGUUCGUGAGUUCGA